GAGCGGGUGGCACCCACCGAUCCCAUUUCUCAACGCCUUUUUGUGUGGAGCAGGGCGAAGUCAAAAAACGGAGGGAGAUCUCUGAGGGAGAAACUGGACAAAAUAGGAUUAAACCUGCCAGCCGGGAGGCGUAAAGCUGCUAACGUUACCUUGCUCACGUCGCUGGUGGAGGGAGAAGCAGUACAUCUAGCUAGAGAUUUUGGGUACGUUUGUGAGACAGAAUUUCCUGCCAAAGCAGUAGCUGAAUUUCUCAACCGACAACAUUCCGAUCCAAACGAGCAAGUCACAAGAAAAAACAUGCUUCUAGCUACAAAACAGAUCUGUAAAGAGUUCACCGACCUGCUGGCUCAGGACCGAUCUCCCCUGGGGAACUCGCGGCCCAACCCCAUUUUGGAGCCGGGCAUCCAGAGCUGCCUGACCCACUUCAACCUCAUCUCGCACGGUUUCGGGAGCCCGGCGGUGUGCGCUGCCGUCACCGCCCUCCAGAACUAUCUCACCGAGGCGCUCAAGGCCAUGGACAAAAUGUACCUCAGCAACAACCCCAACAGCCACACAGACAACAGCACCAAAAGCGGCGACAAAGAGGAGAAGCACCGAAAGUGA